AAACUAUAGAGCAACAUUGGACAUUGCAGGACACUGGAAGAGAAGUGACAAAAGAAAAGGCAGAAAAAAAGAAAAGAAGAACAGAAGGAAGGAAGGAAGAAAAGGAAGAAAAGCAAACAAGAAACACACACACUCAAAGAAAAUAAACCAAACAUCAAAAAUAAUAAAAGGAAAUUAAACAAGAGAGAAAUGAUGCAGGAACAUAGGAAACAGCAAAAUAUUUAGCAAUUGUUGUGGCAAUUUUUUGAUUAGUCCAACAGACAAACCAAAAAAAAAAAAAAAAAAAAAAAAAAAGAAAGUUCAAUUGCUAAAUUUUCUUUCAGAUUUUAUAAAAAAAGAUAAAUGAAAUGAGGCACAAAGCACUACAUAGCAACAAUAAUAAUCCUUUCUACUAAAGGAACAAGACCUGAAAUUUUUGGGGAGGGAACAGGUCGAUUAUAUCAAACUCUGUUUCACUGGUACUUAAUUUACUGACCCCGAAAGGAUGAAAGGCAAAGUCAAACCUGGUGGAAUUUGAGGUUGAUUUUAUAAUAAGAAUAAAAAUAAACACUGUAAACCUAAGAAUACCUGGUUCUCUUAAAUCGCUUUCAAAAUCGAAAUAUUACAAAUUUAACAGAAUCUUAGUCUCUUUUCCUUACAAUAUUUAAUUGCUUCCUUACAAAUAUUAUUGCUAAUCAUAAACAACAUCCAUAGUAAAAAGUCCAGCUUGUUUACUCCUAGGAAGAGUUUGUAUUGAAAAACAAAGCAAUAUAAAUAACUCAUAAAGUUUCAGAAAAUAUGUUUGCAAGAAAGAUGUUUUACUUUCUCUCAAUCUUUGAACAAUUGUGUUAUGUUAUUUUCCUGGCACAGAUGCCAAAGACUGAAUGUGGAGGACAUGAGAGAAGUGGAUUCAGAAAUGUGAGUGGAAAUGGAAAGAAAGACCUUGAAACUUGGCUUGGGAUGCCAGAAAUGAAGUUACCCAGGGUCCAUGAGAAAAUGGCACAGGAAUCCGCUAUGUUUGCGAGACGGAGCCUCAACAGUGUAGAUGAUGUCUACAAAUUAAACAACCAAAGACGCAAGAAACUUCCAUACACCCUUGCGAUGGACUUGUUAACACAGUACUACAACUGCAUAAAAAGAACCCACACACGACAGAGAUCUGUCUAUCAAACCUACAUCACGAAGCCUGGCCAAAGACUAUUAUUGAAAUGCCACCAAUGUUUUAAACCAGGGGCCACAACUGAAAUGAAGGCAAAAGUGACCUGGCAACAUCUCCAGGAGAAAGGAACAGUACUUUCUCGCAUCCAGUCCAAUGGAAACUACAAAAUAACUCCAAACCGGGACUUAAUCAUCAAAGCAAUUAACAGUGAACUGGAUGGUUAUUAUUAUUGCACCAAUGGAAAUCGAUAUGAAGCCAUCCACCAUUUAACAACAGUGACAAGCACCCAAUUCCAUGCGGUUAGCGAGAACACUACAAAAAGCCUUCUAACAAUGAAAAACCUAACAAGAAACAAUUUGAAAAUAUUCAGUUCCUGGUCAAACUGGAGCAAAUGCAGUCACUGUGGGAAAGAAGGAUUUCGGAGAAAAAUUGGUCUUUGCACAAUAAAGAAACUUAACGAGAGAGCUCCAGUAAGGCCAGUCGACAUCUACAUAUUUUAUUACUUUACUGGAAGUUUAUCAUGUCAGUCCACUGCCUUGCCAAAGCAGAUACGGGAACUCCCAGCAAUCAAGUCACGCCCCAACGAAGUGUUUUACAACAAGUGUCAGGUGGCAUGCCCUAAGAAAGAAGGCAGAACAAUCAUUAAAGACCAGGCAGGGAAGGUGGUGGAGGUCGUGAUGCCAGGCUACUUAUCGCUCCAUCAAAAACGGAAAAUGGCUCAUCCUGUAAUACGUGACGUGAUCUACACAAUGGAGGGCAGUGACGUCAUCAUUAGGUGUCGCACAGAUGAGAAUAUUAUCCGAUGGCAGAAUAGGUCGAAACCACUGAAACAUUUCCUAGAGAGCCGCAAAACGAAAGGAAGGGUGUUCAUUGACGUCACUAAUUCACUUCACAUCAGAAACACUCAGUUCACAGACACUUCGCUAUACAGUUGCUGGAAACGGAAUAUCCUGCUGCAGACAACAAAACUGGUGGUGACAGAAUCAAUGCUAGAUAGUGCAGAUCCGUAUAUCAUCUAUUCUCUGAGUGGAAUCACCAUUUUCGGGUUGCUAAUGACCAGCUGUUGUAUGUACAGUGGUAGGCACAGAGGAAUGGCUCGUUAACAUGGUAAACAUUACAACACUUGUUCGUUGAUUAACACCACUUGCUAAUAAUAAUAAUACUAAUAAUUUUGUAAUAAAUAAACAUUUCUUAAAAAUAAAACAGAAGAACACAAGAAACUUCCCAUCGUGUAAAACAGUGUAAAAUGAAUAAAAAAAAAUUAAUUCAUUAAUUAAAUGUUAGUAAUUCCUCAAAUUAGAAAUCAGUGAGCUGAAAAUGAUAAGCCAGGUGAGAUUUAGUGUCAUGCAAAUGGUAC